AUGGCGGAGACAGGAGGGAACAACGAUGGCAAGGGGGGUUCGUCCCCAAAACUGCCGUCUGUGGAGGUGAUGCUCCGGAACCUCAACCUUACGGAAGAGGAAGGGGCGAUCAUGGACUUCAUUGACGACGAUGAGGAAGAAGCCCUAGCGCCUGUGGAGUGGGCGCUGGUCGGAAAGAUUCUUUCGCCAUCGACGGUUUCUGUUGACUCGAUCCGAUCUGCGAUGAAACCAGCGUGGGGCAACCCAGUGGGUCUGAAGAUCCGUUCGAUAGGGGAGAAGGGAGAUAACAUGUUCGUGGCGGAGUUUGGGAGUGGCCGCGACAUGGAAAGGAUCUUGUCUAGUACUCCAUGGCUUUUUGGGAAGUAUGCUGUCCUGUUGAAGGAGUAUGACGAGACUUUGUGUGCAUCAGACAUCGUCUUUGAUCGGCUAGAGCUAUGGGUUCGUGUUCUCAAUCUCCCUCUUGGGUGGAUGAACCGGACCAAGGGAGCAAAGGUCAUGAGUCUAAUCGGAGAUGUGAUCAAGAUGGAUGUGGACGCUGAAGGAAAAGCUAGCGGGGCCUUCCUUCGGGCCCAUGUUGCAAUUGAUGUGGAUAAACCUAUUCGGCGGGGAGUUCUGCUACGGAUGAACAAGAAGGAUGACCCAAAGUGGUUCCAGGCUCAAUUUGAGAAACUUCCCUAUAUUUGUUUUGCGUGUGGAAAAAUGGGGCAUUCGGAGCUGGAUUGUCCAACUCCAGUGGAGCGUGAUGCAGAGGGGAAACUCCCUUAUGAUAUGCAGCUUAGGGCUCCAGAAGAACGUCGCCGUCGUGUUCCGUCUUUCCAGAGCGCGGUGGCAGACUCCUUGGGCAGUGGAUCAUCUUCGGCCAAUUAG